AUGUAACCGUGUUCCUAAGGAUUACAAUGAGUUUUGGAUUUAUCCAGAUGAUCUACAUACAUUUUCGAAUAAAUGUUUGAAUUGCAGAUGUAGUCGAAAUAGACAUAUUGAUAUUAAUUAUAAACUUGAUUAUGAACUUUCAAAUAAUGUAAAUAAACAAUUUAUUGAUGAAAUAAAAUUGAAAUCAGAUCAACUCAACCAAGCAAUUUUUGAAUUUGGAUGUUUUUUUGUUGAUACAACUCGGACAUUGAAAACAAAUGAUCUAAUAUUGUCUUUUUUAAAUCAAAUGAUCGAAGAAGAAAAUCAAAUUUGUCAAUUAAAAACUAAUAAUAAUCUUAAUUUAAUAUUAUAUAAACAACUCAAUCAAUUUAAAGAAGAAUAUGAACAAAGACAAAAUGUAUCAAUAUCAAAUAAAAAUUCAAUUAAUCUGAAUAAAAUCUAUAUAUUAAGCCAGAAUAUAAGUAGAAUUGAUCUAAUUGAAAAACAAAUAGAUGUUAUCAAACAAUAUCAUCGGACAUAUAUGAACGAGCAAGAAAAACAACUAUUAUAG